AUGUUCAGUGUUGCAACCGACUUGCUUGCUUUGACUGUCCUUAAGGCUCCCGGAGAGUUUGGUGCCGAUAUUGCCUUCGGUAACUCCCAGCGCUUCGGUGUCCCCAUGGGCUUUGGCGGCCCCCAGGCUGCCUUCUUUGCUUGCACCGAGAAACACAAGCGAAAGAUUCCUGGCCGUAUAGUCGGUGUCUCCAAGGACAGACUUGGAAACCGUGCCUUGCGUCUUGCCCUGCAGACCCGUGAACAGCAUAUUCGUCGCGAGAAGGCUACCAGCAACAUCUGCACUGCUCAGGCACUUCUCGCAAACAUGUCGGCCUUCUACGCAGUGUACCACGGCCCCAAGGGCCUCAAGGCCAUCGCCGAGCGUACCAUGUCUCUCACUGCUCUGCUGAAGGCCAAGCUGAUUGCUCUUGGCUUCAACGUCCCCACCAGGGGUAACGCUGGAGGCGAAGGUGUCGCUUUUGAUACCCUUGUCAUUGAAACUAGCUCUCAGGCUGAAGCCGACUCCCUCAUGGAGGCUGCUCUCGCCUCUUCUCUCUACCUCAGACGUGUCGGUUCGUCCAAGGUUGGCGUCUCCCUUGACGAGACCAUGGGAUUGAAUGAUGUCGAGAAGCUGCUUUCGGUAUUUGUCAAGUUCUCCCCAUACAAGGGCGCUGAAGCCAUCGACCUAUCCAAGGAUGUUCAGCCAGUUGAGAUCCCAGACUCUGUCAAGCGAACCUCUUCUUAUCUCACCCACCCUGUCUUCAACAGCCACCACUCCGAAACCGAGAUGCUUAGAUACAUCCAGCACCUCGGAUCCAAGGAUCUCUCCCUCGCUCACUCCAUGAUCUCUCUUGGCUCUUGCACGAUGAAACUCAACGCUACCACCGAGAUGUUGCCCAUCACCUGGCCAGAGUUCUCCUCCGUUCAUCCUUUCACUCCAGCACCCGCCGUCAAGGGCUACAUCGACAUGAUCGAGGAUCUCGAGAAGCAAUUGGCCAACAUCACCGGUAUGGCUGAAGUUACCAUCCAGCCCAAUUCUGGUGCCCAGGGUGAAUUCGCUGGACUGAAGGCCAUCAAGAAAUACCACGACAGCAACGGCGAUCCUGGAAAGCGUAACAUCUGCUUGAUCCCUGUUUCUGCCCACGGAACUAACCCGGCCAGUGCUGCCAUGGCCGGUAUGCGUGUCGUCCCCGUCAAGUGCGACACUGCAACCGGUAACCUCGACGUUGCUGACCUCCGUGCCAAGUGCGAGAAGCACAAGGACGAACUCGGUGCCAUCAUGAUCACGUACCCAAGCACAUACGGUGUGUUCGAGCCAAGCAUCAAAGAGGUCUGCCAGGUUGUCCACCAGUAUGGUGGCCAAGUGUACAUGGACGGCGCCAACAUGAACGCCCAGAUUGGCCUUUGCUCUCCUGGCGAAAUCGGCGCCGAUGUCUGCCAUCUCAACCUCCACAAGACCUUCUGUAUCCCCCACGGUGGCGGUGGUCCUGGUGUUGGCCCCAUUGGUGUUGCAGAGCAUCUCCGCCCCUUCCUCCCUUCGCACCCUCUCAAUGACCACUUGCUCGCCAAACGCCCCGCAUCCGUGGAUUCUCCACCCAUCAGCGCCGCACCUUUCGGCAGUGCAAGCAUCCUCCCCAUCACAUUCGCAUAUAUCAACAUGAUGGGAGCCAGGGGUCUCACCCACGCAACUAAGAUCACUCUGCUUAAUGCCAACUACAUUCUCUCCAGACUAAAGCCUCAUUUCCCCAUCCUGUAUACUAAUGCCAAUGGUCGAUGCGCUCACGAGUUCAUCCUCGACGUCCGCCAGUUCAAGGCCUCCGCGGGAAUUGAAGCCAUUGACAUUGCCAAGCGAUUGCAAGACUACGGCUUCCACUCGCCAACCAUGUCGUUCCCUGUCGCUAACACUCUUAUGAUUGAACCCACUGAGUCUGAGAGCAAGGCUGAGCUGGACCGGUUCUGCGAUGCCCUUAUCUCCAUCCGUGGAGAGAUCGCUGCCAUCGAGCGAGGUGAACAGCCAAAGGAGAAGAACAUUCUCAAACUUGCUCCCCACACCCAGCGAGAUCUGCUCACUGCCGAGUGGGACCGCCCAUACACUAGAGAGGCCGCUGCAUAUCCUCUCCCUUGGCUGCUAGAGAAGAAAUUCUGGCCUACUGUUGCUAGGGUAGACGAUGCGUUUGGUGACCAGAACCUCUUCUGCACCUGCGGACCUGUGGAAGACGCCACCAACUAG